UUACGGAUAUCUAACAUAAUGGCCAGCGGCAACGAACAGAGUGCUCCGGUGAUGGUGGUGGCAGUGCCGAUGCCGGCACAAAGCCACCUGAAUCAACUCCUAGACCUUUCAACCAUCAUAUCCUCAUUUUACAACCUUCCCGUUCAUUACAUUAGCUCUUCCAGCCAUGUCCGUCAAGUCAAGCUCCGCUACUUGAAUCCGCUUCUCCUUACUAAAAUCCAAUUCCAUGAACUCCCAUUUCCUCCUUUUCCUUCCCCCGCCCCAACUCGUGGCGGAUCUGCUGAUCAACUCUUCCAUCUCGAACCCUUGUUGAAUGUCACACUAGAACUCCGCCAACCUUUCCUCACCCUGUUACAAACUCUCCGUUCUCAAGCCAAGAAGAUUGUCAUAAUCCAUGAUGCUCUGCUUGCAUUCGCGGUUCAAGAUGCUGCUUCUUUUCCAAAUGUACAACUCUUUGCUUUUGACUCUACAUGCUCCUUCACUGCCUUCACCAUAAUGCGAGAACAGGCAGGGUCCACGUUCCCCAUUCCUGAAGAGAUUGAAAUCCCGGAUGACCUUCCUUCCUUGGAAGGUUGCUACACGGAUGUGGUGAUGAAAUACAUGCCUCUUCAAUUAGAAGCCUUGAAAUUCCGAUCCGGUGAUAUCCGGAACACGUGCAGAGUGAUUGAGAGCGAUUAUGUCGACCUUUUAGGCCAGAUUCAAGGAAAUAAAAUGCAGUGGGCAGUUGGGCCGUUUUAUGGAUAUUUGAGAAGCACUGGCGAUCAGAACAGCUCAGAAAUUGGGAAAAACAAAUGUGUGGAGUGGCUAGAUAAACAACCACCACGUUCAGUCAUAUACAUAUCCUUCGGGACAACUUGUUCCAUGACAGAUGAACAGAUUAAGGAACUUGCAAUGGGAAUGGAAGAGAGCAAAAUUAGAUUCAUUUGGGUGCUCAAAGAUGCAGAUAGAGCUAAUGUUUUUGCGGACGAGAACGGAAGUCGUCCUGAGCUUCCGAAGGGGUUUGAAGAGAGGACGGAGGGAGUAGGAAUGGUGGUGAGAGGGUGGGCGCCUCAGGCGGAAAUUCUUCGGCACGCUUCGACAGGGGGUUUCAUGAGUCACUGCGGAUGGAGUUCAGUUCUGGAGAGCAUCAGCGAGGGAGUACCGAUUGCGGCCUGGCCUAUGCACACCGACCAACCACGGAACGCUGCCUUUUUGUCACGGGUGCUGAAGAUUGGCAUGGUCGUAAGGGACUGGUCGCGCAUAAAUGAACUUGUGACGGCCUCAACUGUCAAAGAAGCUGUGAGGACUAUAAUGUCGUCGGAGGAAGGGGAAUUGAUGAGGAAAAGGGCAGAGGAAUUGGGAGGAGCUCUGCGUCGAGCUACAGCGGAAGGUGGCGUUUCACGGAUGGAAUUGGAAGCCUUUAUUGAUCACAUAAUUAACUAAAUAGAUUUUUGUUGGCCAACAACCUAAGCUAGAAAGUGGUAAUAACUUCCACAGAAAAAUAUAAGCGUUGGGUUCGU